AUGGCGGACGCCGAAAGCGCCGCGAAAGAAUAUCCGAAUCGAGAUGUCUUCGUGCCCCCGGAAAAAGAAACGCAGACGGAAGUUCAGGGAACGCAGGAGACGCAAACGGAAGGCGACAAUUGUCUUUCUUUUUCUAGGUUCAGGCUGUUCAAGAAGUCUUCGCCGAACAACAAGUUCACCCUGUAUCUGGCGAGCAGGGAUCUUAUCGUGAGCGAGGGGAAAAUCGACAAGCUUCAAGGAGUCCUCCUGGUGGAUCCGGAGUACUUGCAAGAUAAGAAGGUGUACGGCCAGGUGACCCUGACUUUUCGAUACGGCAGAGAAGACGAAGAGGUGAUGGGCUUACAGUUCUGCAACGAGGCCGUCAUGUGUCUAGCUCAGCUCUAUCCUCCUUUUGCAGGAGCUGAACACCAGGAGCCAACCACACCCCUUCAGGAAACUCUGCUAAGGAGGUUAGGAUCCAACGCAUAUGCGUUCACAAUGGGAAUGACGCCAUUGGCACCACCUUCGGUUCAAUUAGUUCCUGCAAAAGAGUACAAUGGACCCCCCAUUGGAACCAGCUACAAGGUUAAAGUGUAUGUAGCCAAUUGCGCCGAUGGAGAGCAAAACCGAAAGUCGAUUGUUCAAAUGGGCAUCAGAGUGAUCCAGAGGACGAACCUUCCUCCACCUCCAACCACCACCCUUUACAGUGUAGGUUCUACCUCAGGACCUUCUUUGAUCUCCAGAGUCGUAGCUGGGGAUAUUCAGAGAUUUAUGAGCGUGGAUAAUGACAGCGAGAUUAUGAGUGAUACUGAACCGACUCCACCAUCGGCAGCCGUGGAAAAGCCAUUUUUACUUAGCGAUGGCCGAGUACUCCUGGAGGCGAAACUGAAUCGUGCAAUUUACGCACACGGCGACCCAAUCGAGGUGAACGUUAACGUGACCAACAAUAGCAACAAAUCAGUAAGAAGAAUCAAGGUGUUCGUAGUCCAGCACGUCGACGUGUGCAUGUUCAGCAACGGGAAGUUCAAAAACGUGGUGGCCCUGGUUUCUUCACGGGAUGGAUGUCCAAUUGGACCAGGAUCUUCCCUGUCGAUGACCUACACCCUCAGACCCGUGAAAAGCUCUACAAAAAAUUGGAUCGCGUUAGAAGAUAGUUACACCAAACCUGGUGCGACACUAGCCUCGACGAUGGUCUGUUCAGGUGUAGGACCCGAGGAGAGAAACGUCUUCGCCAUUUAUGUGUCUUAUUACGUCAAGGUGAAACUGAUGAUCUCCGCAAUGGGUGGGGACGUCUCGUUGAAGCUGCCCUUCACGUUGAUGCACAGUGUAAACGACCCUGACCUGGUGAAAUUCCCGUCACCGGUUAGGAAAACGUCGAAAUCUGCGAUAACGAUAACGCCACCGGAGGAGGACUCGAGCCAUAAGGAAAACGUCCUGUCUGAUAAGGGGAAACCGACGAGAAAAGACCAGCAGAAGACGGAAAGCAUCGAGCGGAUGGAAAGAAAAACAUCGAAUAUGGACUUGAUAGAGCGAUACAGCGAAAGGACUCCAGGCUGCAUCGAAGAACAAUCAAUCCAAAAACGUGAAAAACUCGAGCAACAAAACCUGCAAGGGGGGCUUCAGCAUUCAACGAGCCUGGUGGUGUUGCAGAAGAGCAUCGUAGUGAAAGUUGUGCAAGCCAAGACAUUUCUGACCGAAGAGUGUUCGACAGACCGAAGACUUGAAUGGCACACCGAGGUUGGAACUCGAAGAUUGGCGCCUUAGUUACUGU